AUGUUGUACCCGGGAGGAAAAUCUCAUACCCUUGCCAAACCACUGACCCGAGACGGUUUGCAGCAGGUCGAGGACGAUGAAGCGCGAAGGAAAACGUUGCGCGAAUAUCAUUACAUACUGACGAGUGAAAUGAAGGCACGGGAUCAGAGUUCGUUCUUUGGCUCGAAUGAGGCCCCUUUUGCUGAUGGUUUCAUUGACUUUGCCGCCCGGUUGUGUUAUACGGUGUACUGGAACGAGGAUAAUUGGAAGGAAUCUAGCGGCGAAGAAACGGCCGCAAAGCGAAACAAACAGUUUAACAAACUGCAAAGCAUCAUGGAGAUGGUCGACAGAUAUGAGGCAGCACUUACUAGCGACGACUAUGCGCAACUGUUGCAACUGUUGUGCAAUGUGCAACCGAGCCUACAAUCGCCGCACGAGCAUGAUGCUUUCUACCAGUGCUGUUCCGUGCUGCUCGCGUUCGAACAAAAGUCAACCCAUCGAUCGUUGAACACAGCGGCGGCCAGCGGUGAAUCGAUUGGCGAGCUUUGGGCCAAAAUGAUAGCCGCUGCGUUCCGUGCCUGCACCAACACCGCCGCAAGAACGUGCGCUAAAUCCAAUCUCCUGCUGCAGCUAUUGAUUCGCCAUCGAAAGUAUCCGAACGUCGGCUUUCUAAACAGCACCGUGCUGGAAGCCUUUUACACCUAUGCCGUGGAGAAGACGAACCUUAACGUCGGCACGGUGCUGUCCAUCCUGGAGACGGUGGGCAACGCCGAGUGUCUCGGCAGUGUCGACGGUGUGCUGACCAAGCUGCUCAACUAUCUCUAUCCGCAGACGCGCGAAACACAGUCGAAAGCGAUACUACACGCAAAGGAGCGGCUGAGCGCAAAGACGCUGGCACGCAUUUCGAUCCUUUGCGUGGUGACUACAUGUUGCGCAAUGGAUGAGACAGAGCGGCACACACACGCCGGAGUGCACGAUACCUUUUACCGGGAGCGAGACGGGCAGUUGCAAACGCUCGAGCAAAGACUUCGCUACCAUAGUUUAGAGGAAUUGCUAGCGUUGGAGCAGCACAAAAAGGAAGGGAUUGAUGCGGAAUCACCCCAAGGCAGCGCACGAAUCUCUUACAACAUAAACGAACCACUGUUUUUGCGCCUGUGUGAGGUAGUAAGCUUCGACAAGCAUAUCCUGCCCGAUGGGAAUUAUUUUCUAGCCGAUGGAUUGGCAUGCAUCUGCGACGAUUUGGAGUUGUACCUGGAGAUGCUCAACAUUUUGCAGCUGCACGCCGCGUACGAUGAGCAGCAGUGCACCAGGAGCCCACUGUACAAAAAGGUUCUGCUCAAGUUCGACCUACUAAACGGUGGAUUUGAGCGGCUGUUGAAAAACGAUGCGGCCUCCACGCUAAAUCUCAUCAAAACCAGGAACCUUGCCGAGCGAUUGUUGGCCAUCUUUCGUGUCCCUUACCAUCCGUCGUCUGAAGGAGGGGAGGAUUCGCAGUGCGUGACCGUGUUGCAGCCGGAUAAACUGGCCACGGAAGAGCAAAUGCAGCGAUGUUUCCUCCACGUCGUAGCGGAAUAUCUGCAGUACGAAGGGCCAAGCCUGAACGAGGCUCACGAGCUGCUGGAUCGGUUGGAACUGAAUGUGUUCAGCAGUUUGGAUUUGUUCUAUCUGUUUGAUCUGUGUCGAAUACUGCUGGCGCAAACUUCCCAUGAGGUGGUGGCCGUAUGGGUACUGAGAAACCUGGUAGAUGUGUGCAAAAACCACUACACCAAUCCUGACAUUACGGAGCAGAUUAUCGAUCUGUACGGUGCUUUAACCGCCUUCGUGAGCCCGUACGAAGACAUGAUCCGCAACGUAACGAUCGUGCUGUACUCGUUCGUAAAACAGUGCGCCAAACACACGUACUCUACCGAGCUGCAGGUGAAGAUACUGGCGCAGGUGAAGUAUCUGCUCCGCGCUUACCCGCAGCACAUCCGUACGCCAACGCACGAGAGCAUCUACAACGGAUUGGUGCCGUUGCUGAGCAGCCCAAGCUAUCGCAUCAAGCUGGAAGCGGUCAGGAAUAUUCUGCACUUCAUGCAGCUCGAAUGGUCACAUCCUGACCUUUCUUCGGUUCCGUGCAGCUUUUACGAGUUUCAGCUGCAACUGUACGAUCAAAUUCAGUUCGAGGAGCUACUAGCGACCGACGGUGGGAUGGACAUGAACGAUGAGAGAAUGAACGUGAUUAGCGGCUGCCUUCAGCUGCUGUUGGGCAUCUUUCGCAUUAGCUUCAUGCUGCGUCGGCGCGCGUUGUGCGAUUUUGUGCUGCUCGUUCAGUUGGGAAGCGUAAACGAUGACAAAAUGGCAAACACCAUACGGCUUAUGCGCACCUCCAGCGAUAUCGACUUCUGCCAGCUGCUUCAAGCUAACCUGGACACCGUACUCGAGCUAUGGCUAACCAAAGGGAAUCGGUUGCUGCAUUUCCCGUUCCGUCUAGCGGGAAAGAUCGCCACGAUCGAAGAGUUUAUCCAACUGUUCAAGAAAAACAUUUCCUUCGUCAUACUCUGCAUGCAGCCGGAACGGUUCGAACAGUUCUGCAAAUCGAUUGGCGUACAGCAGGCAGAAAUGGUGAAGAGUAUACUGCCGAAAUGUGUUUCGUUCCUUCUGCCCAAGUACGCCAAAUGUGAAGGGAUGGCGCCCAAGUAUGAUGCAAUAGCUAGUCGGAUGCACAAAGCACUUGCCCCUAUAAUAAGCACGGUAGAUCUUAAAGAUUACGUGUCGGAAAUUAUCAAACACCUCACCCACCGAUUGAACGAUCACGUUGAGCUGGGCAAGCUGUUGGACCAGGACCUGCCAAGCUGCUUCGUUGCCGAUCUGUCGCUUAGCAAAGCCACUUACUCGACGGCGCUCGAGCACCUGAAACAGUCGGUAUGGGGAUCGCAAUCGUUCAAGUACACGCUGCUGAGCAAUUUGUGUUUUAAAAACAGCUCACCAAUUGAACGCACCCUAACGGAUGUCAAACGCUGGCUUUGGGCGGCUGAUGAACCGGAGCAGAAAAUGGUACAUCUCUUCCAGUACACGGUGUUUCUCGACCAUCUGAAAGAGUACAUCGGACAGCAGAAGGAACGCGCGUUCAAACCCUAUCUCGUGCGAGAUGUGGUGUAUUUCCUGUGCAACUUGUUGUCCUCCUUUCCCGCCCUACGACUUGCCACGCUCAACAGCUUCGGGCGGUUCCUGGAGCACGUGGUCGCAUCUAGCGAUGCGUGCGAGCUGCUCUCGGAACAUUUGCACUUCAUAGUGUCAUCAUUGCUGGAGGUGGAAAAUGUCGAUCCGGCAUCGGAGAUUUCUCAAAAAUCGCUAACUCUGCUACGGUUUCUGAUCUUACAACACUCUGCCGCGUUUGCGGGUGCGAUCGGUAAGCUGAAUUAUCUACCAAAGGACGAACGAUUCGAUCAGUUGCGGCUUGCUAUAUCGCGCCAAAAAACGAUCGGUCAUGAAAAUGUGCUGCCAAGGGAAGAAAUCGCGGCGCUGAUUGAGUUGCCCAAUUUAAGAUACGAAGAUUUGGCUGCGCUGAAGAUUGUGCUCACCACCAAAAAGAAAGAUCUAAAAUUAUUGUGCGAUGAGCUGAGCGAGCAAAGCGCAUCGUCGGGCGCUAAUGGGGAAAGCGUGCUUCAUCGGUUAGUCUACACUUUGCUGGAAGUUGUGCGCAGCUCCCCGUUCGACAAGCGAUCGAUGGAAGCUCUCCGAUGUUUGAGUGAAAUAGGACCGAUCGAUCUGGGAACAAUGCUGUUAAAAUCCGACGCAGAAAUGAUUGCUUACGAUACGAUCAACAACUCGAAGGAAGCAAUCGAACGAUGUGCUGCGGUGCUGCUGAGCGAAUUGAACGAGCUGAUAACGAACAGAAACGUUCCGGUUGCAAACUACGCCUCACUGAUUUGCUACAAAAUGCUGUACGGAAAAACAUUCCAUGCUUUGGCGGCCAAACUACCAACACUGCACCCAUUUUUGGGAACUUCUGCGGAAGAGAUCAAACUCUUCACUCGUACCACCGGACGCAGUUUGUCGUUGCGGCCAAUGCUUGCCAACGAACGGAUCGAGUACAGCGCUUUUGUGCAGCAGCUGUCAGCCGCGUUGCUGUCAUUUUUGGGAAAUACGAUGAUUAAAAAGCUGGCCGAACAGGAAACGACAUUCGUCGAGAAGCUUGUCCCUUUGCUGGUACAGAUAACGAUAAAGCAAUUCGAAGAGUCAAUCAUCGAUAGCAUGGGCAGCUUUAUUAAUGAGUUUUUCAACGAGUUCGCUGCCAUUCAAAAUGAGGUUCACAAUAUUUUCAAUGACCCGAAAGCUAUUCAACUGAUGCUUACCAUCGUGGAGUGUGUUCGGAUACAUAAUCAAUGCUUUCCACAGUACAAAAUUUCCGUUAACUAUCUACGAAUCGCACAAGCGUCUCAAUUCUGUCAGGCACACUUUAAAGCCAUCCUGUAUGGUGACCUCUGGUACCGGGAGGAAGAGGAGCAAGGCAAGCAUGAUGCCAAACGACACCCGGAACUGCAAAACAUAAUGAAAUCAUGCCAUUUGGCGAUCGGCGUAAACGAUGCAGUUAAAUCAUUCCUCAACCCAAUCCAGGAACGGAUGGAAUAUUACCGUCUAGAGCAGAAUUACGCCAGAUGCUUGGUUAUGCAAGAUGCAAGCACACCGUGGUCGCAAGAUACCGCCCUGGACAGUGCGGGCACACAGAAUGCCAUCUUGCAAACACUGAAAGACUCCUCACUGUACGGUUUGGCUAGAUCGUUACAUGUCGCACCGCAACAGAUUGAUUACGAGUGUGCCUGGCGGCUGUCCGACUGGAAUGUACUAUUCGACGCGGACGGCGGUGUUGGUCCCAAUGUCCCGAAGAGAGCACCGGCUGCCGGUUCGAGCGCGCUGCUCCUACAGUCGCGAUCCUUCGAGCGAGCGCAUUACAAAGCGCUCAAGUGUUUGCAGCUGCGCGAUGAACUCGCGGUGGAAAGUGCGAUCGUGGCAGCGCAGCGUGCCGUUAGCGAACUUUUCAAGCUUACCAGCAUCGAAUCCACCAAACACAUCUACCACGGGCUGUGCCGGUUGCGGAUGCUGCAGCAGAUCGAAGACUUCGGUGAGGUACACUUCUCCAGACAGAUCGACUGCGAGCAGGACCUGCUGAACCGGUGGAGGGAACAGGACGAGCUGCCGCACAGCGAGUUCACGCUGCUGGAAACGAUCCUUUCCCAGCGGCUGUCCAUCUUCAGCACGGCCGGGAUUCGUGCGAAACGUAAAUGGGUACCGCCGGCAGUGUACAGCACGCUGCUGCAGCAGAUCGAAGACUUCGGUGAGGUACACUUCUCCAGACAGAUCGACUGCGAGCAGGACCUGCUGAACCGGUGGAGGGAACAGGACGAGCUGCCGCACAGCGAGUUCACGCUGCUGGAAACGAUCCUUUCCCAGCGGCUGUCCAUCUUCAGCACGGCCGGGAUUCGUGCGAAACGUAAAUGGGUACCGCCGGCAGUGUACAGCACGCUGCUGCAGCAGAUCGAAGACUUCGGUGAGGUACACUUCUCCAGACAGAUCGACUGCGAGCAGGACCUGCUGAACCGGUGGAGGGAACAGGACGAGCUGCCGCACAGCGAGUUCACGCUGCUGGAAACGAUCCUUUCCCAGCGGCUGUCCAUCUUCAGCACGGCCGGGAUUCGUGCGAAACGUAAAUGGGUACCGCCGGCAGUGUACAGCACGCUGCUGCUGCUGAUCCACGAAUCGCGCCUGCGAGGCUUCGUGGACUGUGCGGUACGGAAUGUGGUGCUGAUCGGGAAGCAGGAGCUGCCGGCCAACGUGCAGUCGGUGGUGAUGCUGGAAAAUGCACAGCUCAAUUGGAGUGCCGGCCAGCCGGUGCUGGCGAAGGAGUUGGCGUGGGAAGUAAUGAACAGCGCCAAGUACACUGAUCCGAUGGUGAAGGGAGUGGCGUGUCGCCUUUACGGUGAGUUCCUUGCCGAAGGACACUCGCAGGAGAUCAAGUCGCUAUGCUCGGACUACUUUCAACAAGCGGAAAAAUAUGUCCAGUUUGUGCUGUCGCGACAGGCGGCGGCGACGGCUGCGGGUGGCGAACAGAAAACCUCGCCCGGGAACGUUCCCGCUAACCAUCGUUGCUUCGACGUGGAUCGUAACUUCACCGUGCAGCACACCGUCGCGAAGUACGCGGAUCGUGAAUUUGUGCGGCUCACCAAAUUCAUCCGCUCUCAGGAGUGGGAGGCACGGAAAACGAAUCUCGCCCGCAUGGAGGUCGAGCUGGUCCGCCUGAGGGAGGAAACGCAACGUGCCACCGAUCAGCGGCGCAAAGAUCUUGGCCGUUCGCUUCACUUUAUGCAGAAAAACUUGCAGCGCGACAAGAAAGCGGCCGAAGAGGUGGAACAGAAUCGCUGGGACUACUUGAAUCUGGCACUGUGCUAUUAUCUGAUGUACGCGAAACAGAGCACGAUCGUGAGCGACAUGGUGAUAUUUAGGAUCAUGUCGCUGUGGUUGAACAAUCAGGAAAAUACGAGCGCAAAGGAGUUGAUCGAAGAGUCGCUGCUUACCAUUCCUUCGUACAAGUUUAUUGCCGUUUUACCGCAGCUUACACCGCGCGUCGGGCUGGACAGUGGGGACGGUGCGCUGGUGCAGAAAGCUUUGAUAAGAUGCGCCCUGGACCAUCCCCAUCACACGCUUCCGUUUGUGUUUGCGCAGCUGCAUGCGUAUAAAGAUCAACCGGAUCACGAAACUCCCACCAACGAUAACCGUUUAAUGGGUGUGCGGGAGGUGUACAAAAAGCUGCGCAAAGAACCAACGCUCGAGCAAAUGUUGCACCAAACAGAGAGAAUGAAUCUCGCCCUGAUCGAGCUGGCCAACAAAACGCUCUCCAGCAGUCCCUCCUUCCGGGAGUACACCAUGACGAAACGUGAUCCGCUCGGGCAGCUGGAAAGCUUGGAUCUCAUCCACUGUCCAACGGUGGAGUUGCCCGUCCUAAAAACCGGCAACUAUCGCUCACACAUCGUAGGCAUCAGGCGGUGGGAUGCGAAGGUGAUCGGUGUCGGUGGAAUUAAUGCGCCGAAAAAGCUUGCCUGCCUUUGCCUGAACGGUACGAAACGGACGCAGCUGCUCAAGGGGAAGGAUGAUAUGCGCCAGGAUGCGGUAAUGCAGCAGGUGUUCGGUAUAAUGAACAUACUGCUGCGCCACGAUAAGGAAACGGCGCACCGGAAGCUGUCCGUGCGCACGUACAAGGUGGUACCGCUGUCGAGGCAAAGCGGCAUACUGGAAUGGUGCAACAACACGAUGCCGAUCGGUGCGUGGUUGCUUUCCGGGCAUGCCAAGUAUCGGCCGCAGGACCUGGAACCGACAGCGGCGCGAAAAAGUUUUCCAAUAACGCGGUGGCCGGCAUGACGUUGCCGAAGAAGCUGAAAAACUAUGAAGAAAUCUGUGACAAAAUUCGGCCCGUCUUUCGGCACUACUUUCUCGAGCAGUACCUGAAG